GGCGUGGUUUGUAAACAGAAAGUCGAAAAACAAUCAACAAACAUUACACAUUUAUCUCAUUUCGUUUGAAAUUAUAAAGAAAGCGUUGGGAAAUUAUAAUUAAUGUAGAUUUAUCUCAAUGAAGAUCACAUCUGUUGACGUUCCAAGCUACCUUUUUCGUUUUGCUCUUUUUGCAUUCGUCGUCGUUGUUUGGGCAUUUGUCAUAACUGCAACUUGUGAUUCGGCAAGAAAAACGUUUGCAGUUCCCUCUUAAAAUGACUCUAUCGGCGGAAAUGGCUGCGGCCCAAAUACAAGAAAGACUCAAGUCUGUCUACCAUCUCGUCAAAGACAUUCAGGGCAGCAGAGAAAAGAGUGAACACAAUUUGACAAGCAUUACAAAGGCUCAAGAGAAAAUGGCAAAUGACACCAAAGUUUCCAGCAGCCACCAGCAAAAGCUAAGAGGGCUUUAUGUUGCUGCUGCCGCUGAUGCUGAACAGGAGGAAAGCUUACUGAGAGAGGCGCUCUCUAAAAUUUAUGAAAUUCGGUCGAUUAGAAAUGAAAGGAGAAUUCAAGCCAGAAAUGCUGGUAACAAGGAAACCAUUCGACGAGGGGCACUGAUGAAAAUGCUACAAAUUUCUGCCCAAACUUUGCCUUUGUGGGUUGGAAUGCCAGGCGAAAAGCCCCCACCCUUGUGUGGCUGCACACCAGCAGAAGCAAAUCAUGUAGCUAAGGCAGGAGACAUGGUGGCUGCUUUGGUGAAAGGGCCCGAGGGUGAUGAAAAUUGGAUUUUGGCUGAGGUUGUCAGCUACAACAUGUCUGGAAAGUACGAAGUCGAUGACAUUGACGAAGAGCAGAAGGACAGGCAUGUUCUCAGCAAAAGACGAGUCAUGCCACUGCCUCUGAUGAGGGCCAACCCCGACACAGACCCCAACUGCCUCUUUCCAAAGUCAUCGAUUGUCAUGGCUCUGUAUCCUCAAACAACCUGCUUCUACAAAGCCAUCAUCAACCGACUUCCUGUGUCUUCGAUGGAUGAAUACGAGGUGCUUUUUGAGGAUGCCUCAUAUCCUGAUGGUUACUCGCCUCCCCUUCGAGUUGCCCAGAGAUAUGUUAUUGCGGCAAAGGAGAAGAAAGGAAAAUGAGGAUUAUGAAAAAUUAUAUGUGCUUCUAAAAUAUUUCGGAAGUAUCUCAUAUUGAUGGCUGAAGCACAAAUACGUGUGCUUUAUCGUUUGUCAGCACUUUUCCCAUUAAAUAUCUUUUCCGAA